UGGGCCUAGCAGACAAAAUAAAGCCCACAAGGUAUGCCCAGAACAACUAGGGUCGAUAAAAUUUGUCAUCUGUUUAAAUGGAGGCUUAGCGUCGCUUCUUCACACUUUGCCUCCCUUGAAGAGCUCUCCAUUUAACCCUCGCUCAGCUUGAUUUUAGUGCUCAAGAACAUCAGCCAAGAUGCAGAACGAGGAGGGACAAAACAUGGAUCUUUACAUCCCCAGGAAAUGUUCUGCUACCAAUAGGCUCAUCACUUCAAAGGAUCAUGCCUCUGUUCAGCUCAAUGUUGGUCAUUUGGAUGAUAGGGGCGUGUACACAGGCACUUUCACUACCUUUGCUCUCUGUGGUUUCAUCCGUGCUCAGGGUGAUGCUGACAGCGCACUGGACCGCCUCUGGCAGAAGAAGAAAGUUGAAGCUAGACAAGAGUAGAAAAAUAGAUUUGCAUUUUGAUAUUACUUUAUGAUGAAGGAUUCUCGAUAACAUUUAAAUUUCAGCCGAGUUGGACAAUGUUCUCUUGAUAUUACUUUAUGAUGAAGGAUUCUCGAUAACAUUUAAAUUUCAGCCGAGUUAGACAAUGUUCUCCCAGCUAUAUUUUGGAUAGAUUAUCUUCAUCUUUGGAUAUUCAAUUUGCCUUUGGUCA